UGCUUGCCUGAACUGGAAAUGGCAUAAUCUCCCCAAUCAAAACACAAAUUAAAUUUCCGGAAAACGAAUAUUCAAACAUUUCCGAUUAAUUGGAGCAUAAUUAACCCGAAAAGUUUCCGAUUCGCCUUCAAACAUUUCGGCUCCCCAACCAAUUUAAUACCACAACAUUAAUCAAAACAAAAGAAACAAUUAUGGAUGUCGACGCGCAGCCAACGAUGGAGGAAACGAUUCUGGUUGGAGAUGAUUUGAUGUUGGGACCUCCAUCACCCAUUAUUCCACCAGAAAUCGCUUCUCAUGUUCUCCAAGGCGUUAACUUGUGUGAUGGAAUAUUGAGGAACCUUUUUCUUUGCCUGCAAAUCAAUGAUAUUGAGCCGUUUUGUCAAGAAGAGAUCGCAUUGUAUCGUGAGUGUGCAGAGAAGCGGGACAAGGAACUUAGACAACGACUUCAAGAUAGUGAGUAUAAGUUAGGUUUAUCGAUGCCUUUAGAUCAAGCUAAAGAACGAGCUUCUCAGCUCGAGUCUGAAACCACAACGUUAGAGAGGCGCUUGAUUCUUGCAAGUGGGAUCGAGGGUGCAGAUGGGUUUCGCCAAAGAUGGAGUUUGCAUGGCCGUCUUACUGAUACCAAGAAAAGAAUGGAGGCAUUAAAGCAAGGACUUGAAAAUAGGAAAAAAGAGGACAGCGUUACAGCGAGCGUUAAAGCUCCAGCAACUAAAAAAUGGUUCUUUUGGUGAAAGUAGGAAAAAGCAGUAAAUGGAAAGGUGUCCUGGAUCGCAGCGAUAAAGUAAGCACAUGUAGCCUAACAUGGAUACUUAUUUCGGGUAUUGGUUCACUAAUUCGGCUCUCAUAUAGCGAGUUUCAGGAUCCAUGGAGCUCAGGCUUGCAGGAGUAAACUUCCCUUAUAUAUAUAUAUAUAUAUAUAUAUAAGUUAUAUUAUUGAUUUGAUUAUAGGAUACAAUGAGUAUGAGACGAUCAUAUUAUGAGGGGGCUCUCUAUAUCUAUUUUCGCCUGUUGUAGCUUCAGGUAUUUGGAAAUUUUGGAAUGUUAGUACAAGUGAUCCAAUCUUGAAGUAGCUUUGUUUUUGAUAACCUUUGAAUAUCAUGUGGAACAUAUAAAGCCA